UAAGAGAAGAAGACGGGCCGUUUCCUCGCUGGCACCUGCUUUCAGACUUGGGAGAGCCAUGAGGACUAGCAGCUGGGUGCUCCCCCUGUUCCUUCUGCAGCUGAGCUCUUCUCAUGUCCUGCACUGGACCUACAAAGGGGAACUGGAUGAAGUGCACUGGGGAAAUCACUUCCCAGACUGCCUCGGAAAGCGUCAGUCCCCCAUUGAUAUUCGGAAGAGGUCUGUCCAAUACUCUCCAGAACUGGAACCGCUGGAGCUCCACGGCUAUGCUGGGCCCCUGCAAGGAACCUUCACCAUGACUAACAAUGGGCAUUCAGUCCAGAUAGACCUUCCUUCAACCAUGACCAUCACCAAAGGGCUUCCAGGGACCUUCACGGCUGUCCAGUUCCAUUUCCAUUGGGGAGGAAUGGAUCUUGAGACUAGCGGCUCGGAACACACAGUGGAUGGGAUGAGGUACAUUGCCGAGCUGCAUAUCGUCCAUUACAACUCAGCCAAGUACGCAAGCAUCGAGCAAGCGAAGGUUCAACCGGAUGGCUUGGCAGUUCUGGCCUUUCUCUUCGCGGAUGGCAACCUAGAAAACACUUACUAUAGCGACUUCAUUGCCAGCUUGGCCAAAAUCAAGUUAGCAGGGCAGUCAACUACACUCAACACUCUGGAUCUCCUGUCCAUGCUUCCAGAAAACCUUGCCAAUUUCUAUAGAUACCAGGGCUCUCUGACCACACCGCCAUGCACAGAGAACGUGAUUUGGACUGUAUUUGAUUCACCCAUCAAGCUGUCUCACACACAGAUAAAGCUGCUGGAGAAUGCCUUAUUGGACUGGGAGAACACUACCCUGAGGAACGAUUACCGCCACGUCCAGCCCCUCAAUGACCGAAUAGUCAAAUCGUCUUUCCAAGCCAAGGUUACCCAAGGUACAAAAAUGUGUCAACCGUCAACCGUCUCUUCCACACUUGAUGAAAUACGGACUCAGCUGCAGGCAAUGAAGAAGCACGUUCUGGCUAUAAUGGGGAAACCUGGUCACAUCCCGGUCCACGCCCAAGCUCUUUACUUCUCCCGUGACAACACGGCCAGCUAUGCCGAGGUGCGCCCCCUGCAGGCCAUGAUGCUCAAAACCUUCACGCUUUGCUUCUGGGCCCAGAACCUGAACGAGGGGCGGCAAACGGUCUUCUUCUACUCCACCCCGGAGAGGGACAAUGAGCUGGUGGUCACCGUGGGCACCAGUGUGGGUGUGUCCAUUGGGGGCACAGCGGUGCAGUUCGACUUGCACCGCAAGUCCGAGGAGUGGGUCCACCACUGCAUCACCUGGGCCUCCGACUCGGGCACCGUCAACCUGUGGGUCAACGGAGCCAAGGGCACGGUCAAGAACGUCCAGAGAGGCUACGUGAUCCAGAGCGGCGGGAAGGCGCUCCUUGGGAAGUACAAGAACCCUGUGAUGGACAUCUUCGCCAACCCAUUUUCCGGUUGGAUGAGCCACGUCAACCUCUGGAGCAGCCUCCUAGACAACAACGAUGUCCAGGAACUCACCCUGUGCAAGCAGGACAACCAGAAGGGGGAUAUCAUAUCUUGGGGGGAAACACCCAUGACCUUGUGGGGGGGUGUGGUGGUUGAUGCUGACACCAGCUGCGGGUGAUUCUCGCUGAUCAGGCAUGAAUCCGUGCUGAGAGGUAAAAAAAAAAACCUGAUUGGUUGGGACCCAAAUGUAGUCUUUACUCCCCACCUUUCCUUCAAGAUAUCCAGAUUAUAGACUAAUUCUCCUUCCACGCUGAGAGCUUCUCCAGGUCUUCUAAUGACUGGGCCAGAUCCUUGGGGGGAGAGGAGGGGAUAUUCUCAUUGCAGGAAAAUCUCGCCAGGGGAUGAGGAAGAUAUGCCCCGUAUUUCUUUCAUGUUUAUUACCGAUUAUGUCAGCAUGAAAUGGAAAUGAACACAAACUGCAGGAGACGGCAAGAGGCAGAGGGGGGGGGGAAUCUUCAUUCUGUAUUUUUUGUUCUUGUUUGGGGGCCUGUUUGUGAGAUCAUGUAGAAUUGUCUGUGUUUCGGAUACUUCUCCCUGCAUAGCAUGAUAAUCCUUAUAGAGAGGGACCCUGGGAGAAGUAAAGAUAAAUCACCUGAUUGUCCCACAGAGAGUCCUCCAUAUCAGGGUAGUGAUGAGAGAUAGACAAAGCCUUAGAUUAGCUGGCAGGUUUAGCCAUGUGUGGCUAAUGUGAGGGGUGGGGAGGAGAUCCCCACCCUCUUCCCAUCCCAAUCACGUUUGGGUCACAUCCUCACCAUUCAUUGAAAGCUGCCCCUUAUGCCACUCUCUUCCCCCAGAGAAUCUUUGGAACUGUAGUUUUUUAAGGGUGCUGGGAACUAUAGCUCUGCAAGGGGUUUCCUAAACACUCUCAGCACCUUUAACAAACUACUGUUCCCAGGAUUACUUUGGGGGAAGCCAUGCCUUGCUAAAAAGCAGUGUAAGAGUGUGUUAAAUGUACAGUGUGUGGAGAUGACCACCUAUCUGCCUAAACAUUUUGCAUGAUUCAGAGCCAUCCUAGAUCCCUGAUUGCCCUGUCCUCUUAAGUCCUGAAAACAUAUCCUCCUUUCAUAUCUGCAUGGGUGCCAUUGACGCUACAUCUGCACUUCUCAGGAUCCUGAUGUGUGUGCGUUGGUGACAUUGUUUGUUCCAGCUUUCAAAAUAUGCAACUAAAUCUUAUUUCAUGCAUGGAUAGAUAUACACACUUCCUGAUAUAUGGUUACUGCCAUUUUGUUUCGGAAGGGAAGAUUAGCCUGCAAGUGUGAUCCUGAGAAAAACCGCAUUUGAAUUUAAAUCAGAGGUUUACACACCCCCAAGCAUUUAUUGGCUAAAUCAUCUGGGUGUGAUCUGAGUACUGAGUUUAGGUUUAUGAAAACAGGAGGACACAGGCCUCUCUUUGAAGCAGAAUUGUUUGCAAACCCGUUAGGGCUUAACCUCAAUCAACUCCACCUGGGAAACUGGAGAUGGGAUUAAACCAAUGCUGUGUGCAUUUCAUGGCAAAACAAACAUGUUUAGGGUUUUUUGUUUUCUUCUUUGGCUUCUAGAGGCAGUACAACCAUGUUAUAAUGAUAAUAAAGUAUGCACCAGUUAAACCUGGCUUGUCAUUCCCGAGUUUUAGCAACACUAAACAUUCUUGUGUUUUUUUCAGGCUUUAUAAGAUGACUUUUAUUUUUUGCUCUAUUUACAAAAAUAGACAAUGAUCUUUUGUACAAAAUGUAUCCCCCUUCCAGGGAAAUGAAAAAUAACAAUCAACCAGCAAACAGUACACACAGUGUCCACUCAUUUUACAAAAUUGUCUUUUUAAACACUCUUCCCCUUUGUUCAUAGACAAAUACUGUUUUGUUGUUUUGUGGGGCAGGUGAGAAACUCAUCAUGCACCUUGAAACCAAGGACACCUCCAGACUGUCAUUGUUUUCAAGAGGGAUUCAAUCAUAUACUGGCAAAUUCAGGUUGCACCAUUAUAGUUGCUUGGGAGUGUGUCGAACAAAUCCAAUUCUCUUUUUGCAGUAAGGAAAGUGAUGAGGGAAAUGAGCUGGAAAGUGUGGAUUAAUACUUGCUGUGUUGCAGAUUCAUUUAACCUCUUGCAAACGUAUUAAAAUGGAUGCUUAAUAAUAGGCAGUCUGGAGGCACUUGAAGAUCAAUCAUAUAUUGUGAUUAAACUUGUGUGUCUUGUUAUAUGAAGUCCAAACAAGCAACAAUUAAAAAUGGAUGGGAUGGGGCAGACGGUAAGUAAACAGAAACCCAUAAUGAAACUGGGAGAUUUACAGUAGGUCGAAGCUCAAAACUUACUGGGCAGCAAGAUCAACUGAACAUGCUGGGACUCAAAAUUCUUGAAAAAGAAGCAUUUGAUUGCAUUGCCAAUUCCUUAGGACAACUCGGGUCAAUUAUGGGAGCCUACCUUGAUCGUUGAGACCAGCUGAGCGUCCCAAUAAAUGGAGUGUGUG